UUAUUUGCCGAUGUAACGAAUAAACGAAUGGGCUUGUAGCAAAAAGCCCAUGAACCUCAGCGUUAACCUGUCCCUGUUUCUUCCCUCCCGCUCCAACAGGGGCCUGGCCAGAUCGCAGAGAGGAGAGCUCUCCCCAGUACCAGUGUUGAGGAGACUAGAGACUGAAAUGCUGUGACUCCUUGGACACAUGGCAAAUUCUACCUCCUCCAGGGAGAAGAGGCGGCCCAUCGUGGAGUCGGAUGGAGACCCGCUAAAUUCCUCCUGGCAAAUGUGGCCCUCACAAGCCUGGACCAGGGCAUCCAGCAGGUCCUACCCUGGCAAGAGCAACUUGUCUGACUCCUUCGAUUCCUCCGCCCAUGAGCCUCCCCUGCCAGCCCAGCCGCCCAUCGGGGACGUCCCCCGCAGCUCAGAGACCCAAGAGGCCUCUCCCUUGAAGCCCGUCAGGCGUUUUAUCCCGCAGUCGUGGAAGAACUUUUUCCAAAGAUGGAGGCGAGAGCCCGAGCUGUUCCUGCCGCUGGCCUACACCGCCACCCAGUGCUCCCCACCCGUAAGUCCGUUGUCAGAUCGCCGCGGGCCAGCCCGCAAUGGCAGCUCCAGCAGCGGUUUCCAGGAACCCUCCUGGUCCAGCCCCUCUGAAUGUAACCAGGAGACAGAGAUGUCUCCCCCCAGGAGCCAGCAGGGCCAACCCGCCUUGCCGAGCUACGAGGAGAAGCUGGAGGCCUACAACCUCAAGUACUCCUACAUGAAGUCAUGGCCAGGCCUGCUCCGGCUGAUGGCCGGGCUGGAGCUGCUCUUUGGCGGCAUGGUCUUUGCUUGUGUCUGUGCCUACAUCCAGAAGGACUACCAGUGGUACAACCUGUACGGCGGGAACCUGAUGUCAGGCGGCCUUUUGGGGGGAAGCUAUGGGUACAAUUAUUACGGCCCCAUGACCCCCUUUGUGCUGGUGGUGGCCAGCCUGGCGUGGCUGGUCACGGUCAUCCUCUUGGGGCUGGGGGUCACCAUGUACUAUAGGACCAUCCUCCUCGACUCCCACUGGUGGCCCCUGACAGAGUUCGCCCUCAACAUCAUCAUGUUCCUCCUCUACAUGGGGGCGGCCAUCGCCUAUGUCAACGACGUGAACCGCGGCGGCCUCUGCUACUCCCUGUUUGCCAGCAACCCGCUCAUAGCCGCCUUCUGCCGAGUGGAAGGGGGCCAGGUGGCAGCUAUCACCUUCCUCUUCAUCACCACCCUGCUCUACCUGGCCGGGGCGCUGGUGUGUCUGAAGAUGUGGAGGCACGAGAUGGCGAGGAAGCAGCGGGAGGGCUUUGAACCACUACACAACCCCGUCCUCCUGCAAGCCAGACGCAAGCGGAUCGUCUUCCAGGAUGAGGUGAUGCCGUCCGGGAGCCUCCCGGGGAAGAUCACCAAACCACUGGGGUUCUCCGAGAAAGGCGAGGCAUCAGGGGCCUUGAGUUGCUCCAUCCCGACAGGGCACACCCCAAAGCCACACAUCGUCCCUGACUAUGUUGUGAAGUACCCGGGGAUCUGCUGCCACGAGGAGAGAGAGAAGUACAAGGCCGUCUUCAACGACCAGUACGCGGAGUACAAGGAGCUCUACUACGAGGUCCAUGCAGCGCUGCAGAAGUUCAAGGAGUUGGACGCCAUGAUGAGCCGGCUGCCUCGUCGCACGGCCAGCAAGAAGGAACAGAGCCGGGUCUCCAACAUCUGGAAGGAAUACAGGCAGAAAAAGAGGGAUCCCGCCUUCCUGGAGAAGCAGGAGCGCUGCGACUACCUGAAGAAGAAACUUGCACACAUCAAGGCGCAGAUCCAGGAGUACGACCGGACAGCCAAGGAGGGCUCCAUCUACUUCUGAGCCUGACACCUGGGGGGUGGCACCAUGCCGCCCCCGGGCUGGUCCCCAACACCCCAGCCCCGAGCCCUGACGUGCUCUGGGGCUUGCUGAUGUCUGGGGACCUUGGCCAGAAAGAGAGCAGGAUACAGGACAUGGGGGGCUGGAACAAUGUGUAUAGUGGGGGUGCUGGGAGUCAUUGAACUAAACUGUAAACCCUCUGUCUGAUGGAAACCAUUCCAAGCCAGGAGUGCGGCUGCACCCCUAGUUCCAGCACCCAUGGGGCUGCUUGUGCCUUGUGGCCUCCUGUGCAUUACACACGCACCCCCGCUGGGUCAUGUGUGGGUCAGGCGCCAUCCCUGCCCCGUGCUGCCCCCGAACCAGCUGAGACUGGGAACCAGCAGUGCUGAUGUGCACUCUCCAGGUGGGACUGAAGCUGGGGGUGGGAGGACUGGGGUCUCAGGCGGGGCAGGGAGCGGUGCAUCGUUCCUGCUCAUGGGAAUGGGGGUGCACCGCGCAUCUGCUCCAGUCAGCAGCAUCCAGACCCGGCCUCCAGGAGGCCCCUGUGGAGAAGCUGUGAAAUUGGGCAAAGCUUCUGGCUGAAGGGAGCUGCUGUGACGGGAUAAAAUGCCCCUGGGCCUAGCUCUGUGCUCAUUUCAUGCUAGUGUAAAAUUGGGAGUCACGGCACUGAAGACAGUGGACUUGCACUGGUCUGAAUGAGGUCAUUGACUUCAGUGGGGGCAAGACUGGGACCCUGACUCCUUUAACAUGGGAGCAAGGCCAAUGAAGGGGGGGAGAUGGUACAAAUUACCCGGAGCCCAGCGGUCCGGAAGGGGGUCCGAGGCCCAGCAGCCCUGUUUAGCCGGUCCACCCUUGCUGGGGGGCCCAAAAAAUGUUUUCACUGGGACCUGAACCCGCUUUCAGUGGCCCUGCGGGGACGCAGGCCAGAGAUUGCCUCUUACGCACAGGACUUCAUCGCCAUGUUCACUUACUCUGCAAAGCAGCCAUCGGAAGAGGGGGGCAGCGUUCAUCUGUGCAGCAAAAACUGAGCUUUGGGGGGUGCCCGUAACUGUCUGUAAGGAGUGACGGCUUCCCCUUUGAAUAAAAUACACCUGGCCGCCCGUGUGUGAAAUCCCUGGAGCCAGCAGGAUCAGCCCUGCCCUGCGCUGGAAUUCCCCUGGAGAGGGUCCCUGAAGGGGGGUGCAGGAGGAAGGUGAUGCUAUUGCACGUGCUGUCUGCUAACAGCACCGUGGGUCAUAGCAGCAUCACGUGGGAGAUCAGUGG